GUCACAUUUUCCCAGAGGGAUUUCCCCCCUUUAUGAGGAGGACUGAAGAUGAAUAAAACUAACCUACUGUGUUUGGAGGGGAAUCGGGAUUAUUUUAUAUAUGGAUAUAUGCUUUUUUUUCACCCCCGUCUUUGCAUUAAUAAGACAACUGUGCGUGCAGGUGUGCUUCACUGUGGUGAAAAGGCUGCACGUUGAUGGAAUAAACUGGUUGCAGAUGAUCGCUGGGUCGCAUCAAGAGCGGGAUGUACUUUUGCAGCAUCGCUGUGAAGCGCAGGUACUGAAGGAAAAACCUUGAAGUCGCGCCGAUGUCCGGUGAUGUGCUGCAACUCGGCCACAAAUCUUGGAGGAAUGCGCCUUUUUUUUUUCUGUCUGUCGCUCGCAGGGGGGUGGAGUUAGGAAGUGAACGAGUGGUGCCUACCAAACAGAGAGGAGGAGGAGAAGGAGGAGAGCGACGUGCGGGCAGCCUUCUCACCGUGCACGAUGGUUGUGGAAGGGAAGAAAGCUUGAUUUUGUUUUUAGUUGCUUUGCUGCAGCUUUGAGAUCGUCUGCGCAUUUAUUGGGAAAGAAUGAAAAUAAGCUGCAACAGUUUAAAAAGAAAACACUUAAAAAGAGGAGGACUUUUUCUUUCUUUCUUUUUUUUUUUUUUUACUGUUGAUCCUUUAUUUAUAUUUUUAAAUUUUAUUUAAAAUAACCUGCACACAAAUCGUUCUCGGACUGCUUUAAAGACCCGGAGGAACACCGACCUCCCGCUUGGACCCAACGCCGACCUGCGACACUUCUCUGGCGGCCUCAGCAGCAGCAGUUCCCCGGUGAGAGGAGGAGGAGAGGGGGGCGCCUCGGUUAUAAACACGGACCAUAAACCCCGUUCUUUGAAGCUCUGGGAUCCGCUGGUGGAAGAGGAGGAGGAGGAGGUUCGCACAGUCUGGUGUUACAACAGACUUUUACAACACUUCUUACCCAAACAGCAUCUCUGAAAGCAUUGCUGGGAUGUUUGAGCCGCGCUGUUUGGUGGGGUGACCGAGAGAGAGAGAGAGAGAGAGAGAGAGAGAGAGUGGCCGCAGAGACCGAGAGAGGAGCCGGGAGCAUGGCUCUGGCAGCGCUGUCUCUUUGGGUGCUUACGAGUCUCACCUGGGGCAGCAUGCUCCAGGUGUCAGCCAACAGACACUCCGUUUACUGGAACAGCUCCAACAUACAUCUCCGCAGGGAGGGUUACACGAUGCAGGUGAACGUCAACGACUACCUGGACAUCUACUGCCCUCAUUACAAUGACAGCCAGCGCAUGGUGGGCACCGGAGAGCAGUACAUCCUCUACAUGGUCAGCUACCGUGGUUACAGGAACUGCGACCCUCAGCUUGGCUUCAAGAGGUGGGAGUGCAACCGGCCCCACGCCCCCCACGCACCCAUCAAGUUCUCGGAGAAGUUCCAGCGCUACAGCGCCUUCUCGCUGGGCUACGAGUUCCACGUCGGCCAGGAAUACUACUACAUCUCCACGCCCACUCACCACCACGGACGCAGCUGUCUUAGACUACGCGUGUACGUCUGCUGCUCCACAGCCUCUGAUGUGGAUGAUGAGCCAGAGCCCACAGAACCAGACUACACGCUGAGACCAGGCCUAAAAAUCGAUGAUAUUGAUGAAUACAACCCAUUUGUUCCCAAACUGGAGAAGAGUGUCAGCGGAAGCAGUCCAUCCAGGGAUCGACUUCUCCUAACAGUGACGAUGCUCUUCCUUGCUGCCCUCUUCAUCUCCUAGCAGCAGGUGCGCCGUCAGCGUCACCAUGCCUUUCGGGGAAGAUGUUCACUGUCAGCGUGUGGGAGAGCUGGGUCAGAGGGAAAAGCGAGGGCAUGAAGAAGCAGGAGGGGAAGAGCAGCAGGGUUUUUUUAAGCUAUACGUCUUUCAAUCGUCAACAUGCAAAUGAGUAAGUUUGGACAGCUGUUUUUUUUAAGGGAGCACCGAAAGACCUCGAGGGACUCGGUGACACAGACCAAACUGUUAAGUUGUGCUAAACACAGCCUGUUCUCGCAGGUGCAGGUGCCAUUGACUGUGUUUUGUUUCUGUGUGCAUCUGCUUGCCUGCGCGUCUGAGCAGGCCGCAGGGUGAGCUUGUUGAAUCACGCUCAACCCUCUAAGCAUUUAUACAACCAGAGAGGAGGAGCUAAAACCUCCACUUAAAAGAAAGAACUCCAGCCACCCAAUUAUAAAUGGUUUGAAGAUUUUUUUUUUGGACCUGAUUGGCUAUAACACUUUCUUAGGGCUAGUUGCCAUAGUUUCUUGCACCAAGAUGAAAGGAGCAGAUUUCAGCAGAACUGAACUGAUAAUGCCUUUUCUUUUCUUGUUCCUAAUGCUGGGAGCUUGUCCUAAUCUGCAAAGGAAAAUAUAUAGAACCCAACAAAUGAUCUGCGCUGGGUCUGGUUAGGAAACUAGACAGAGUAGCUAAUAGUUUAUACACACACCCAGAAAAGAACACCACUGGGCUCAGAUGCAAGUGUUUCAUCAGCCAUCUAAACUGUGUCAUUGUACAUUUAUGUCUGAUCACUCUAUAGAAGGGAAAAGGAGAAAAUACAGAGCAUUUAAAAGAUGAAUCUUUUACUAUAUUGUAAUUUUUUGUGGGGGAAAAAAAAAGAAUUUAAAUGUGCCAUUUACAGAAACUGCAAGGGUUUGUUAAUGUUUUAAUUUUCCGAGUUAGAUAUUAUUUCCGUUUUGUUUGUUAAAAUACUCAGUUAUUCUUCUGACAUCUCUGGGGUUAACAAAGCACAUGAUGGCGACGGAGCAGCCACUCAGCAAUACCGCGCUUCCUCACAACAGACUGUUCAGACGAGAAGAGGAGGAGCGUGCAGGAAGGAGAUUCCUUCACACAGCCACAAGCAUCAACAAACAAGUUCCCCUCUGGUCCAAGAUUCCACCAUGUUCUCUGUAAACCUUUGAUGUUCUGGUUCUGUUUGAGUGAGAAAAUAUGCUUGGCAGUUAAAAGAAGGGUUUUAAAUGGUACUAACAAAUGAUAAUUUAUGCACACAUGGUUGUGUUAAAAGUAUGGCAAGUAACAAAAAACAAAACACGUUGUAGAGGCAAACUAAGUGCUACGGUGGGGAGAUACAGUAAUUCAUUUAUAUCAUUCAGUUGCAUCAGAAUAGCAUUUCAAUAGUUACUAGCACCUUAUUCACCGUGGUCCCCCACCCCUGAUUAUCUCCCGUAGAGAGUGGUUCACUGUAGACUCUGGUAACACAGACAGAGGUGAUGAUUAUACUGUUGAUUAAAAGAAUGAUGAUGAUGGACUGCGAGCUGAUGGCUGGCCCAUAAGGUCAUUCAUCAGCUCACCCACCGGCACAUGAGGCAUUCAGGUACUCGUGUAAAUGUCACAACAGACAUAGAAUGAAAUUUACAAAGUCUUGAAAUAUACAGAAGUGAAAUGUGCUGUAAGAAUCAUUAUAAACUUGAAGUUCUGUUUUUUUUUUUUCCCCGUUUGUUUUUUUGUGAUUUGUGUUUUCUUUUCCAUUCUUCUGUAGCUGAUUAAUGAGGUACAGUUGUAACCAGAUAUUAACACUAUGUAAAAAGACGUGUCCAUUUUUUUCCUCCCUGUCUCAUUGAAUCAGACAAAAAAUUUCCUAUUUUGGGUCACUUACGAUGAGCAAAGCUCCUUUUAUCUACUAAGAACACAUACAUUUCCUCAAUAUUUGGAAGAAUUAUCUUGACUUGGGUCAAAUAUUUUAUCCAUUCUUCUACUUAAAUUUCUCAGAAUAAUUUUCUGGGGAACAGAUCCUGACAGAAUUGGUUAGAAGUUAGAACUGAGUUUGGCUGCUACUCAAAUGUAAUUGUUUUAACAGGUGACACCUUUAGUUAUCUGGGAAUUUUACCCUACGUUUAACAAAACUUGUGGAAAUCCACCGCCAUCUUCCUGUUAUCUUGACUCUUCAGAUUUUUUUCAUGAUAUUACACAAGGAAGUUUGUAAUUUAAGGUGUCCCUAAAUUUCAUCAACAAUUAACUUUGGCUGUUCUAAAUGACCUAAAAGAAAUUAACUUAGACUGAGAGGAAAAAUGGUGGUCUUUUUUUACAGUGUAUGUAAAUAUCUAUCUUCAAAUGUUUAUUUUGGUUAUGUUGAGCGGAUGAUCUAGGGUAAAAAUUUGCAAACUAAAAGGGAGAGAGCCAUAUGUAAAUGUGGGCUGUGGAAUAUCUCUUUAACUUAUUUAAUUUUUUUUCAUCUUUGUUUUUUUUAUUGAUCUAACAACAAGCCACGCCUGUGUUGUUUUGAUAAGGGGUCAUAUUCUGUCUAUUGCUCACAAGUCAACCAUAAUCAAUGAAAGUAAGGUAUUAUAUGCAACAUACAUGUGAAUGCAAGAUUUGACUCUUUAUCUCUAUGAUUACUUUAAACACUUAAACACCUGGGAAAAUGCACUCACACAUAAGUACAAGGGGUAUAAAAUAGUUUGUAGAAAAUGGGAGUAGAAAACGACGACAUAUGGGUCCAAAACAGGCAAGAAUCUGAAAAGGAGCUCAUUGGAAAUUAGUGAUGAGGUUAGCCAUCAUAAGAAACUUUGUGAAAUAUUUGUUUAUAGUUGUUCUUUAUAAAUUAAGGAAAGAGAACCAAGACAAACUGCUUAGUCAUAAUAUAAAAAAAAUAAAAAAACUUUUUCCCUCGUAUUACCUUCAAUGAAGAAAAUUAUUUUAGAAAAGGUAUGAGUUAAGCAUAGCCUACAACCCAAAGCUUUUUAAUGAUUUUAUGUCUGGUCAAAUGAGUUAUUAUAUACUUCCAAAUUUCUUUUAAAGAUGUGUAAAGACCCCAAAAUAGACAUUUAAUUGCAGUAGCAUAAUCUCAGCCUGAAAAAAUAUGAAAAAUCCAACCUUAAACUUUUUUCUUUGCUUUACAAAGUUAGAAAUAGACGCUUUUUUGAAACUUGAGCUGUUUCUACAAAAUAAAUCUGGUUUAAGCAUUUGAAUUUAUAUUUCUUUUAAAACUUGACAAGGUCUCAAAAUUUUUAAUGAGUAGUCUGUUACUUUCUGUGUCCCUUGUUCAUAAAUACAGAGGUCCAUUUCUCUUAUCCACUCUUUGUAACGACAAGAAAACAUGUUGUAAGUAUGGAAGAUGUGUGUUGAUUCUCGUAAAUCAGGAAAUGGCAAACAGAAACUACUCAGCCAAAAUUGACUAUAUCAACAGUCACUGCAAUGACUAAAAAAAACAGAAAAUUGGAACUCUUACUGUUUACUCUUCUUGCUUGCAGUUAAAGAGUCUAUUAUUGUCAUGAAAGUUUUAAAAUUUUUAAAGUCUUGAAUUUCUUACUGACGAGUGCAAACAGCACAUCUAGAAAAUCUAAGUUAAACAGACAAGAGAUUGUGCCUACAAAUGAAUAACAAACUUUAUCAGACUUAUGCGAUACAGCCCAUGUGUACAUAUGGCUCUCAGUGGAAGAGUGAGUAUUAAAAGUGAGGUAUUAAAACGUUGGGGUUGGAGGGUUGAGGAUCACCCUGAAAGAGCAAAUCACUCUUCUAGAAGCUGCACUUACGAACGCAAAACACGAGAGCAAGAGAGUGAAUGAGUGAGAGGCAGAACUGAUUUCUGUUCAUCACUGUAAAUGUGCGUGCGUGCGUGUGAAUGAACAGGUAAGAGACUGUGUGAGUCACUGUCUGUGUUUUUGUUCCUUUGCUGUCAGUGAGAAUGUGCGACCAACCGUCUGGCAAAACAAAAGCAUUUAAUAGCGUUGGAAACAACAUUUACAAUCAUGUUUACCUUUGACUGGAAUGACUUUAAGUGAACUUGAAAAAUAAAAUGUAAACUGAACAAACCAUAACAGAGGUUAUAACAGUGAUCAAGAUAACGAAAUAAUAAGCUUACAAAUGUUACUUUUAAUCAAACUGUGUUUGUGUCUUUA